AUGGUUAAAGCAGGUCGUCUACUAUUCAUUCGUAGCAAUCAAAAGGCGUUGCAUUGUGAAGUGUACAAAGGUUUGUCUAAUGCAUUGUUUAGAGGAGAUAUAGACCCUUCAACACAAGGGAAGAGGAUUAUUUUACCAUCCAAUUUUACUGGAGGUGCAAGAUAUAUGAUUCAAAAUUAUCAAGAUGCUAUGGCUAUAUGUCGUUGGAUAGGUUAUCCAAGCUUAUUCAUUACAUUCACAUGUUUGAGAGCUGAGGACAGACCAGAUAUUGUGGCACGGAUUUUCAAGAUGAAGCUUGAUUCAUUAAUUAAAGAGUUCAAGGCUGGGAAAUUAUUUGGUCCGGUAAAAGCAUUGAUCUACACAAUUGAAUUUCAGAAACGGGGAUUACCUCAUGCUCAUAUACUUCUUUUUCUUGGUUUAAACACAAGUAUUCCAUGUCAAAGUACAAUGGACUCAAUAAUUUCUGCUGAAAUCCCGAGUAAAGAAUUAGAUCCUGAGUACUAUCAAGCAGUGGAGGAGUUUAUGUUACAUGGUCAUUGUGGUAUUGCUAGAAAGACAUCUCCAUGCAUGGUAAAUGGAUGGUGUUCUAAACACUUUCCCAAAAAAUGCUUGCUUUUGAGAUACAAGGCACAUAUGAAUGUGGAGUGGUGCAACCAAUCUAGAUCUAUCAAAUACUUAUUCAAGUAUGUGAACAAAGGAAAUGAUCGCGUCAUUGCGGAAUUUUAUAAAACAACAUCAAAUGCAGAUGGAGUACAAGUAGUGGAUGAGAUCAACAUGUACUAUGAUUGCAGAUACGUUUCUGCAUCUAAGGCUACUUGGCGUCUACUUAAUUUUGAAAUUCAAUGUAGAAACUUGCUAGUUGAGAGGCUUAGUUUCCAUUUACCAGAUAGCCAAACGGUUUUCUUUCAGGAUGAUGAAGAUGUUGAGAUAGUAUUGAACAAAGAAACUUUGGGACAAAGCAUGUUCACACAAUGGUUUGAGGCAAACAAAACUUUCCAAGAAGCUAAAUUGCUAACCUAUAUUGAGAUGCCCAAUAAAUUUAAAAAGAAUUUUGCACUAUUUGAAUUGUCAAAGCUUUUAUUAGUCUAUAACAAGACUUUGAGAGAUUUUCCAAACAUGCCGGUAAUGAAUGAAGCAAGCCAUGUUCAUGUGGAAAACCGAUUGUUGUGGGAAGAGUUAGCAUAUGACCGUGCUAGGGAAUAUGAAGAGAGUCAACGCCUGAAGGAGAAACUAACAGAAGAACAAAGAGCAAUAUAUGAUGCCGUUAUCAAUGACAUUGAUUCCAACAAUGGUGGAUUGUUUUUUGUUUAUAGAGCAAAAGGUGAAAUUGUUAUCAAUGUGGCAUCAAGUGAGAUAGCUUCUUUACUUUUACCGGGUGGGAGAACUGCACAUUCAAGAUUUUCAAUACCAAUCUCGAUUAAUGAAGAUUCUACCUGCAAUAUAAAUCAAGGUAGCCAACUAGUCGAACUAAUUGUGCAGGCAAAACUAAUUAUUUGGGAUGAAGCACCGAUGAUGCACAAACAUUGUUUUGAGGCGUUGGAUAAAACAAUGAGAGAUUUGUUAAGGUUUGUUAACAAAGAUAGUGAUAGUAAGACUUUUGGCGGGAAGACAGUGGUUUUAGGUGGGAACUUUAGGCAAAUCUUACUAGUGGUGCCAAAAGGUUCAAGACAGGACAUUAUAUCUGCAACAAUUAAUUCUUCAUAUCUUUGGAGGCAUUGUAGAGUUAUGCGCCUAACUAAGAAUUUGAGAUUAACUACAAUGGAACCUAGAUUGCAUCAAGACAAAGUUCAAGAAUUUGCUAAUUGGCUAAUUUCAAUAGGUGAUGGUACUAUUGGAGUAGAUAUUGAUGGUUACACUGAUUUUGAUAUCCCAACUGAAUUGUUGUUGAAGUCAAAUGGUGAUCCUAUUUUCUCUAUUGUUAAAAGUACAUUCGCCAACUUUACUGGUGCAAACAGUGAUGAAAGUUGUUUUUAA